AUGCCUUUACGCCCUGUCCCUUUGAGCAUUAAUAUUUCUAAGUACCCCUUCCACUCACACGCUGAAAUCUCUCCUGGGACCCAAAGGCAGCAGCAAUCCCCUCGGGCCCCAUGCCUGACGGACGGGCAGACCCCAGGCCCUUUGAGCCUCAGUGUCCCGCACUGCAGCAUUUACACCUCCAUCGGAGGCGCAUCGGAGACCCCUUCCCUCACAGCAUGGGCCGUGCUGGGGCCUGCCAUCUUCCCGUCAGACUCCCUCCCUGCCUCCUAUUGCAUCUCUUGUCCCCUCCGCGUACCCCGUGGAGUUCGUACUCCCCUCUCUUUCCACCGUCCCACCGCGUCCCGCCGCAUUUGUAACCCCCUCCCCAUGCCACACCGCCUUCGUCGUCCCCCCCAAAUGUCCCACCCACGGCGUCUAGUCCCCUCGUGCCCCGCUGCGGUUGCAACCCCCCGACUACCCCACGCUCUCCCACAGAGAUCCGCUCACCCCGUGUCCCCUCAGACCUCGGUCACCCCCCCAAAACCUCGGGACCCCCCGCGGCCCCCCACCACCGGGCCGGGCCGCCCCUCACCUGCCUCCUCCCCGCCCGCGGGCGGCGCGGCCUACUCCUCCCGCAAGGCCGCUUCACGUCGCUAUGGCAACCGCUUCCCGCGCCCCCCCGCCCCUCCGCCGGAGGCCGCCAGCCAAUCAGCUCCUACCAGCAGGGUUGGGGAGAGGGGGGGGCCGGGAAGGCAAAACGGCCGGAGGUUCCGAUCUACCUAG